GUUGAGACCGCGGUUCAUUUAGUGUAUGUGUUCACUGGGAAAUUGAGCUGUAUUAAAUUGCUCUAUUUUGAAAUUCAGUGUAAUGAAAAAAUAUAAAAUAUUACUAAUUAAAGUAAUCAGAUCAGUACCUAGAACAGAAUGAAAAUCACAUCGCAAGACCAGAAUAUUUUUGGGGGAGGUGCUAGCCUGUGUAUGUUUGUGAAAGUUAGGGAAGAUGUGCUGCAGAGGGAGUCCCUUGGCAGCAAGUUCACCUGCCUCGCCUAAAAAUCAUUUGUAGUUGGUUGUUGAUAUUGACCACCAUGCUCAAAUCGCAAAUGCAUGAACGCAGUGACUGAUAUGCUGGAUAAACUACACAACCUACAUUUCAAAUACACUAAAAUAUAUUUAAGUAUCCUGUAUAUGUAUGUGUAUUUACAUAGCCUAUAUUUAAUACAUAUGUGGGCAAACAAGUUUUCAACGUGCAAAAAUGCCAAGUUACUCACAAAGUACUGUCAAUAAGUUAUUAAUUAAAACUUGCAAAAAUCUAGUCCUGCUGUUGAAGCUGUUAAUAGAGUAUUUUUCUUAUUUGACACUUUGAUGUGACGUAUAAACGUUGAAUGAUCGGAUUCUCUUCAGAUGGUAAAAUGGUUCAGGGUUGCAGUUUAAAUAAUUUAGGAAACAUUGAGUAGCUUUGCUUUGGAAUAAAGCUUGUUUAAUUUUUGUGCUUUGAGCCAACAUUGCGUUUUGUAACGUGGCCUCAUUAUGAUAUCAGUACUUUGAGCCAGGCCUAGAUUUCGUAGAUUUUACACGUUUUUAUUUAUGACUGACAGGCCGUGCUUUGUAUGCGUCAGUAACUUACAAUUUUUGUACGUUUUUGUUGAGAUUCUGCAUUGACCUAACUCAUUAAUGUAAACUAAGGACGACUGCGCUACAUCGUGCGUCUGCUGGAAAAUUGAAAAUACUGCGCGCCGUCAAAACGUGUCCGUUCUGCGCCUGCGCGCGGUCUGUUGCCAGCUAUCACCUGUUGUUUAUCUCCAUGGCGACAGCAGAAAAAAACCUACCUACUGUCGGGUGUACGAGUCUCGGACAGAUUAUACCUAUGUCUUGAUCGUAAUCUACAUUUGCCUAGUUGCUUUCUUAUAUACGGCAAUUUGAGCAUGAUAAAUGUAACUUUCGGCAAACAGGCAACAUUGCUGUAUGAUUAAAAAGCUUGGAGGCGAAAAACCAGAGCUCUCGACCCGGGUGGGAGGAUGAGUGGGCCGUCCGAGCAGAAGGUCAAAGGUGAAGGUCGAGAGCAGUACGAGGACGACUUUGAGAAAGAUCUGGAUUGGCUCAUCAGCGAGGAAGAGAGGAGCGACGGACAGCAGGACCCUGAGGAUGAGGAUGUCGAAGCCCAGAUUGAUAAAGAGCUGGAGGAGGAAGAGAGAUGGCCAUCACCCCUCGACACCGCGCCCGAGUCGGACAGAGACAGUGCUUUCGAUUCCCUCCCGCUGGCUCCGCCCCCUUCCACACCCCCGCCCCCUCCGGCUGAGCCCCUCCCCCUCCCCCUGGCAGAGGGGGAGGAGUCAGAGGAGGAGAAGCAGUACAUCCUGGAGAAGAUCCAGCAGGCCAACCAGGAGCUGAAGGCCCAGGCCGCCCCGGACCACAGCCGCCGCCGCCGGCUGCAGUUCAAGGACUCGCUGGUGGACCUGGUGGUGCCGCCAGUGGAGUACGAGCAGGACGGCGCCCCCCAGGGGAGCAGCGAGGAGCAGCAGGAGGAGCAGGAGGAGGAGCGGGAGGAGGAGCAGGAGGUUGCUGGGAAGAUGUCAGUGCUGCAGAUCUCCCAGCAGGAGGAGGAGGGCGGGGAGGAGGAGAAGGAGGAGGAUGAGGAGGGAGGGGACUGGGCCGGCAGGCAGGGUCGGGUUCUGGUGGAGAAGGACGGGAAGUUUGACUUGGUGAGCCUGAGGGAGGUGGAGAGCCGGGGGCUGCUCCCGCCCCUGCCCUGUUCCUAUGGCGACGCCCCGCACUCCCCCCGCGGCCGAGGCUCCGCCUCCUCACCCAGACACGGCGCGGGCGUUCCCCUGACGACCGGGCCGGCGUACGCCCCAAAGCCCCCGCCCCCCGUCCGGAACCGGCCGAACUCGGCGGGCCGCGGCCAGCGCGGGGCAGGGAGGGGGUCCAAACGCAGGGUGCAGUCAGCCGGCAGCCCGUCCGCACACGCCACCUUCACCCUCUCACCUGAGCAGAAGCACCUGCAGCUCAAACAGCAGCAGAGGAGAGAGAGGCUGUGCAGGGAGGAGGAGGAGCGGAGGCGCGAGGAGGAGGCGCAGAAGCGGCAGGAGAACGAGCUGGCCUUCCGGGCCUGGAUGCAGAGGAAGAGGGAGCAGCUGCAGGCGGAGCGGCGGGUGCUCCGGGCACAGGAGAUGGAGAAGACAAACGGCCAGAGGGAGAUGUGUGACCCUGAGGAGGCAUUUAAAUUCUGGCUGAAGAGCAAACAGCAGCAACAGAAGCAGGAGAAACGGCUGGAGGAACUGAAACGACUGGAGGAGGAGAGAUGCUACUACCUGCACAGUCAAGAGGAAUCAGAGCAAGCCUUCAGGCUGUGGCUAAAGCGGAAGCAUGCAGAGAAGCGGUUGGAGAUGCGUGUGGCUCGUGAGCGCUCCCGCAGGCUGGUGAUGGAAGCGCGGCGAGCGAGGCGCAUGCAGGAUCUGCUCUGCUCCACCAACGAGGCCAAGUCCUUCUGCUUCACCGAUCACUAUGGUUACCGUUACUGAGCCCAGCCCCACCGAUCACUAUGGUUACCGUUACUGAGCCCAGCCCCACCGAUCACUCCCCUUCGGUCAUCGCUAUGGUUACCCUACUGCCCAAACAGCAUCCCAUAAUUAUGCAUUUCAGGCAUGCUCCCACAGGGCUGUAACAAGCACAUACAACUUUCCUCGUCCUGAACUUUGAAUCGAUGUGGACUUCUUCUGUCUGGUUUCACCGCAGCAAAAAAAAAAAAAAAAAAAAUGAUUUUGAAGCUUUGGUUUCAGACUGAUCUUCCUAUCAGUAAAUACUAGAUAACGUGUUUCCAGUAUAUUGUCUCAUUACAAUGUACACCUGGACUGAACAGGGCCGAGGCACGGGCAGCGCUUGGAUGGGCGGGUAUCGCCUCCGCCAUUUGGGAACACCUCCAGAAAUGAGAGAUCUUUGUUUCUGUUCAUUUAUUUCAGGUGUUAUUGUAACCCUUUAUUUAAAAAGAGAAAGGAAGGUACCCCCCGGCUAUUGUUGUCACGAUCUGCGAUUGUGUUUAAUAUGGUUAAUCAUGUGAUUACAGAUCUAAUUUGAUGAUACGAGGAACACUGGUUUUAUUUAUGUUGAACUGGUCCGAUGUUACUUCAAAAACAGUUCAUUUUCUUGUGUGCGUCUUUCAUACUCCCUUCCACUCCAUUUGUAAAAUGCAGAGACAGGUAGUGUCUUCUUUCUUCACUAAUUUUUAGACUCCUCUGUGUGAGCUUUUUAUAGAAAUCAUGCUAUACAGCAGUGUUGGUUGUGUUGUACCAAAGAACUGGAAUGUGAGUCUUUGUCUUUCUGUGUGUCCUUUCAUGUCUGUGUGUUCUAAUAAAAAAUAUUGAUCACAAAAAAAAA